CACACCCAUAGGCAAAACACAACACCUCCAAAUAACGGUUCAGCUCGAGCUGAAAUGCCUUCACAAACACCAAGAGUAGCAGUAGUGUUCGUCCUCACUCUCCUCGUGCUCGCGUCCUCCUCGCUGGCCGUCGCGGCCGCUGCGCAAGCCGAGCCCGAAGCGGCGGCACCGCCGGCCCACGGCGUGUGCGGCGGCGGCGGCGCGGACGCGGGCGGGGGAUGCCACAGCGUCCCCAGGGCGCUGCGGCUGAAGCUGAUCGCCAUCCCGGCGAUCCUCCUCGCCAGCACGGUCGGCGUGAGCCUGCCGCUCGCCUCCCGCUCCGUGCCGGCGCUCCGCCCCGACGGCGACCUCUUCGCCGUCGUCAAGGCCUUCGCGUCGGGGGUCAUCCUCGGCACGGGCUACAUGCACGUGCUCCCGGACUCCUUCAACGACCUCACCUCGCCCUGCCUGCCGCGGAGGCCCUGGGCGGAGUUCCCCUUCACGGCGUUCGUCGCCAUGCUCGCCGCCGUGCUCACGCUCAUGGUGGACUCGCUCAUGCUCACGUUCCACAGCCGGGGCAAGGCCAGCGCCGCGGUCGCGCACCACCACGGCCGCCAUGGCAGCCCUCCUCCGCAGGAGCUCGUGAACCGCCAUGGUUACGGGCAUCUGGACGACAUGAGUGAGCCGGCGGCGAGCUCGGAGGACGACGUGGAGGCUGGCAGAACGCAGCUGCUCAGGAACCGCGUCAUUGUUCAGGUUCUGGAGAUGGGCAUCGUGGUGCACUCGGUGGUGAUCGGCCUCGGGAUGGGCGCGUCGCAGAACGUGUGCACGAUCCGGCCGCUGGUGGCGGCGCUCUGCUUCCACCAGCUGUUCGAGGGGAUGGGGCUCGGCGGCUGCAUCCUGCAGGCGGAGUACGGCGCCCGGACGAGGUCGGUGCUGGUCUUCUUCUUCUCGACGACGACGCCGCUCGGGAUCGCGCUGGGGCUCGCGCUCACCAGGGUGUACAGCGACAGCAGCCCGACGGCGCUGGUCGUGGUCGGCCUGCUCAACGCGGCGUCGGCGGGGCUGCUCCACUACAUGGCGCUCGUGGACCUCCUCGCCGCCGACUUCAUGGGGCCCAGGCUGCAGGGAAGCGUCAGGCUCCAGCUCGUCUGCUUCCUCGCCGUCCUCCUCGGCGCCGGCGGCAUGUCCGUCAUGGCCAAGUGGGCGUGAUGUGUCCGUCGGAGACGAGCAGACAGUAACACGGCAAUUACGUUAGGUACAGGUACUUGUACGUGUGUAUAUAUAUAUAUAUGCUCAUGCAUGCUGUAUGUGCUCCCGCCUCCUGCUAUCAAUUUUACCUUCUCUGACGCGGUAGCGGAUUUGAGGUGUGAAUAUUAGAAGUAGUAGUACUGUACUGUGUUGGAAGAUGAUCUACUUGUAAAGUGUAAAUUUGUGCGAUAUGAAUAAGAUACCAAAAGCCAUGUACAGAAUGAAGCA